AUACGAAGCAGCAUCGAGAAGGACAUGGAAGGAGGAAAUAAUGCGACGAACAAAGGAGCAGAAGGGACCAAAAAGGAAGUGGUGAUAUCGGACAACGUUCUCCAGUUGAGCGAGUGCAAGGAGGAAGAACAUCCAGAUGAAGGGGAUCCUUUCAACAGUUCGAGGCAUAGAAAGAAGGAUCGGUGGAAGAGAGACGAUGCCGAUUAUGGGAGGAGAGGAAGCAGAAAAUUC